CCGCCUCUUACUUCAGGCCGUGCGAGGAAGCGGCUGAGGAACGAAACAGAGCCGUGAGUUGGCAACCGCUGUGUGUUUUUGUGCGUGCUUACGCGGAAGCCAUUUGUUCAGCACCGAAACUGCUGUGGAAAUAUAACUUUAUUUGGAGGAUGACAGUGGAUUUGCAUAUUCAUACAAGUUAAAGUUGAGAUCACUGUGGACACCCUGUGGUGAAAAUAGGCAUGAACAGUCAGGUACUGAAAAAGAUGGAGUUUAAAAUUGAAGAUACAUGGAACAGCUUACCAGUGAGUCAUGAUCCAGUUACAAUCAAGUUGACAGGUGAAGAUGCUGGGAUGAUGAUAGAAGUGUGUGCUCCAUUUUUUAACGAUCCUCCACCUCCUGGUGAACCUGGAAAACCAUUCAGUGGACUGUGGGACUAUGAGGUAGUAGAAGCUUUCUUCUUGAAUCACCAAACUGAGCAGUACUUAGAAGUGGAGUUUUGUCCGCAUGGGCAGUAUCUGGUGUUGCUACUUUCUGGCAGACGGAAAGUGUGCAAACAAGAACUUCCUUUAAUGUUUGAAGUGUCGAGAACAUGUGCCAAAUGGAAUGGAAAAGCUCAUCUUCCUUGGAGUUAUUUCCCACCAGCUACUGACAAAUUUAAUGCAUUUGCAAUUCAUGGGUCAGGAGUUAACAGAACAUAUGAAGCCCUCUACCCUGUACCUCAACAUGACAUUGUGGCAAAACAGAAACCUGAUUUUCAUCGCCUAGAAUAUUUUAAAUGCCUGAACCUGAAACUGUUAAUGGGAGAAGAUUGGAAGCAACCAGAAUCAGACUUGUGGGCAUCAUGUAAAUGCAACUAAAUAUAAAAGACAAAAGAUUGUCUCUGUAGUAAAGUAUUUCAUGUUCUGGGGGACUUAAGUACCCAACCGCUUCAAAAAUUACCUGACUGGAAUGCAAAAGAUGGAAGGAUACCAAGAAAAGAAAAUAGAUGAGAUGAGAAGAAUCCUUCUAAUUCCAAUCUGAAUGCAUUUUGUCCUCUCCUCCCUUCUUGAAAAUUUCUUCCUAAGUCAAUUAUAGAUGCUGUCUGAUAGCUGACAUUACUUCUGCAGUAAAGAAAAUGGGAACUUACCCCCCUGAAGCCACACAUGUGUAUCCUAAUGGAUAAGAAGUGGCGAUGUAAUCAAGCUGUUUUCAAACGAAAUCCAUGAUUGAUGCUGCUUGCAAGAAUGAAUUGAGAAACUAAGCCAAUCGCACUCUGCUAUACCUGCUAGAUCAUAAUUGGACUUUAAACAUUUCACUUUUCCCAACACAAGCAUGUGCUUAUUUUAUUUACAGUGACUUCCAUUGAGAUAGCUGCAAAAUUAUUUUGUUGCUCUGUUUACCACCUGCAUUUUUUUUCGAUGCCCGUGUGAUAAAUGAACACUUUUUGGGGUGUUGACAACUUGCCUUCAUGGAAGAUCUGUGGAACUAUCCACUUGGCAUGAGCAGGCAAACAUUGUAAUUCCACUAAAAAUAUGUUCUAUUUAACCAGAAAUGGGUAUUGUCUCAAUGUAUUUAAUCUUUAAUUAUUGAUUAAUGUGAGAUAAAAGUAAAUGGUGUACCUGUUCACUGUGUAUAUCAAGCAGGUUUUCAUUUCUCACACCAAACUGAUUAUGACUUAAGUAUAAAGGAAUAAUGAAUGGAACAAUAUUGAUCCAGGUGCUUUUUAUCAUUUUUUCCCAUUAUAUAUAAAAUUAAAAUGAAAGUAGCUAGAUGCUCCCUUUUGAUGAAAGAAAAUUAUUGUUUUUUCAUCCAAGGCAAUGUAAUAUAAUCUGAACUGCAAGUUAUUACAGAAGACAUUUGAUUAAAUACAGAAAAAUUAUAGUAUCUCUGGGUGUGUUGUGUAUGUAUCUCUGUAUAGGAUGCUGGCUAAAAUGUUGCGCCCACCUUGAUCAACACAGAUCUGUUCAUGUUUUAUGUGUGUCUUUUGAAGGUAUGUUCUGGGUGGUAUUCAACUAAGUUUAACUCAGAA